AUGGAGUCACGUGAGCAGGGCCCACGUGACCGAAGGUCCAUGUCAACAUGGCGGCCUCCACCGGGCGUGGAAUUCUCUUCCUGCUUGUGCUGUCGUGCUUCCUUCGGGAAGCGUCCGGCGGCAUCGAGGAGGGGGCCUCCCGCGAUGACGAUCUGCUGCUGCCCUACCCCCGCGCGCGCCUGCGCCCGGCCCGGGACUGCACGCCAGUGCACACCGGGAGCCUCAAGCAUGAGAGCUGGCCCCCGCCUCCAGCAAGCCACGAAGCUGGACCCCCGUCGGUGCGCACCUUCGUGUCACACUUCUCAGGACGCGCAGUGUCCGGUCACCUGACCCGGGCCGCCGCGCCCUUGCGCACCUUCUCGGUGCUGGAGCCCGGCGGUCCCGGAGGCUGCUCGCAGAAGCGCCGGGCCACAGUGGAGGAAACGGCGCGGGUGGCCACCUGCCGCAUAGCCCAGAACGGCGGCUUCUUCCGCAUGAACACGGGCGAGUGCCUGGGGAACGUGGUGAGCGACGGGCGGCGGGUGAGCAGCUCCGGGGGGCUGCAGAACGCGCAGUUCGGGAUCCGCCGCGACGGGACCCUGGUUACCGGGUACCUGUCUGAGGAGGAGGUGCUGGACACUGAGAAUCCAUUUGUGCAGCUGCUGAGCGGGGUUGUUUGGCUGAUUCGCAAUGGGAGCAUCUACAUCAACGAGAGCCAGGCCACCGAAUGCGAUGAGACACAGGAGACAGGUUCCUUCAGCAAGUUUGUGAAUGUGAUGUCAGCCAGGACAGCUGUGGGCCAUGACCAUGACGGGCAGCUGGUGCUCUUCCACGUGGAUGGACAGACAGAGCAGCGAGGCGUCAACCUGUGGGAGAUGGCAGAGUUCCUGCUGAGACAGGGUGUGGUCAAUGCCAUCAACCUGGAUGGGGGCGGCUCUGCCACUUUUGUGCUCAAUGGGACCUUGGCCAGUUACCCAUCAGAUCACUGCCAGGACAAUAUGUGGCGCUGUCCCCGCCGUGUGUCCACUGUGGUGUGUGUGCAUGAACCUCGCUGCCAGCCCCCUGACUGCAGCGGCCAUGGGACAUGCGUGGAGGGCCACUGCAAGUGUGAGGGGCGCUUUUGGCGGGGCACUGCCUGCAGCGAGCUAGACUGCGGCCCCGCCAACUGCAGUGACCACGGCCUGUGCACAGAAGCUGGCUGCCGCUGCGAUGCUGGAUGGACGGGGUCCAACUGCAGCGAAGAAUGUCCCCUUGGCUGGUAUGGUCCAGGCUGCCAGAGGCCUUGCCAGUGUGAGCACCAGUGUCCUUGUGACCCCCAGACAGGCAACUGCAGUGUCUCCCCAGUGAAGCAGUGUCUACAGCCAUUGGAGGUCACCCCUAGGGCAGGAGAGUUCUCCUUUUUCUCCAGGACCACCUGGCUGGCACUCACCCUGACCCUGGUGUUCCUGCUGCUACUCAGCAUUGUGGCCAACGUAUCCUUGCUGCUGAGCUCCAGGGCAGAGAGGAACCGGCACCUGGACGGGGACUACGUGUACCACCCACUGCAGGAAAUGAAUGGGGAGCUCCUGGCCACAGAGAAGGAGCAGCCUGGGGACACCCACAGCCCCUUCAAGGACUGACCCCUGAGCCACCCAGAUGACCCAUCCAAAGGCUCAGAGAGCCACAGUCCAGCUUCAGCAAGGGAGAGUCCAGAGCCACUGAUGGGGGCCCUGCAGGUGGCCUCUGCUCCCAGCACUCCAGACGCCUGAUGGCACUUUGCCCCAGCCUUCGCCUAUUCAUCUGCUGGGGCAUGUGCCACGCCAGCAAUACAAUGUCCCAGAGAGACCACGCCUGCUUCCCCACCUGCCUGUAUCUGCUACUCAGAGACCUGUACCCUAGGGGGUCUGUGCUGCUGCCAAAGAGUCCCCAGUCUCCUGGGAAGAGGUGCUAGUGAGCGGAACUCACUGAUAGAAUCAUGUUGGGCAGAUCCCAGCCACCCCGCUGCACAGGGGUGAGUUACAGGUACGAGUCUCCUGGCCACAUCAUGCUGACCUCAUCACAAAUUUGCCAGCUAGAAUUGUUUUGCAUUCAUGGGAAGCUCCUCAGGAAAAGGAAAGGCAGGAGAGAUGGUGUUGCCCUUUUUAUGGAUCUGCUGUUUUGUCUUCCUGCUGCCAGAGGAUUUUUUUAUUACCUGAAUAAAUUGGUACUAAAAGGA